GCGAGUGAAUCUAAAUAUAUCGCCCUAGUAUUGGUUUCGCCGUGUAAACGAUAUCUGCGACUCUGCAAGAAUUGUGCAGUGUUGUGACUUGUGAGCGUGUUUUAUAAGUGUUCAUAAUGAGUGAUUUUACAAGAUAUGAAGUGAAGAAGAAUGAAAAAUUAGGAAGGUACCUAGUAGCGGCGCGCGACCUGAAGGGCUCGGACAAGGUGCUGUCAGACGCGGCGUUCGCGCUGGGCCCGCACGGAGACAGCGCGCUCGUGUGCUUCCGCUGCCACCUGCCGCUGCUCAGCAAGUUCGUGUGCUGCAAGAUGUGUGCCGUGGCCCCCGUGUGUCCGGGAGAUGGAUGUCCGGACCAUUUGCCUAAAUUCCACAACAAAGACGAAUGCGACCUGUUUGCCAAGCUAAAGCUCAGUAUAAGCCUCAGUCCGUUCGCGAUGGUACAAAACGUGGGAGCCCUCAUUGUGUUGCGAGCGCUACUGAAGAGGUCGAGCGACGCGCCCGCCUGGGCAGAGUUCCUGCAGCUAGAGACACACCUGGAACAGAGGAGGAACACGGAGAUCUGGGAGUAUUAUGACAAGACUGCUAAGUUCAUAGAAUCACUAGGCCUUCUAGAAGGCGAAGAAGACAAAGACCUAAUACAGAAGAUAUGUGCCGCUAUCGACGUCAACAGUUUCGAGGUCCGCGGCCCGGCGAUACCCGCUAUAGGUUGUGCGGAAAUACUACGAGGAAUUUACUUGAAGGCUGCUUUAUUAGCGCACGAUUGUAUCGGGAACACGCAAAUGUCUAUCAAUGAUAAUAACCUCCUCGUUUGCCACGCUACCACUGAUAUCAAGAAAGGCGAAGCUAUAACUUAUAACUAUACGGAUUCAUUAAAGGGCACAGGUCUUCGCCAGCAGCACCUCAUGAUCAGCAAGUACUUCAAAUGCGCGUGCACAAGAUGCGCCGACCCCACGGAGAUGGGCACCUACAUGAGCUCGGCCAAGUGCCCGCACUGCAAGACUGGGUUCCUGGCCAGAGGAGAGAGUGACGCCUGGAACUGUCUGAGUUGCCAGAAGGAAUUUGAAAACUCUAAUAUAGGGCAUAAGGUGCAAUGCUGCACGGAUAAGUUAGGAGUUAUAAACAAAAAAGACGAGAAGGAGCUAGAGGAAUACAUUCGAAAUGUAUCAAUUAUACUAGCGCCGAACCAUUAUUUGCUGGUGGACGCUAAACAACGACUAGCGGGCGUUCUCAGAGACACCAUUAACCGGGAGCCGCACCCCACUAAGAGGAUAUUGAAAAGGAAAAUUGAAAUAUGCGAAGAAUUGCUGCCAGUACUUGAGAAGUUGAACCCUGGGAUCUCUAGAACGACAGCUAUAACUUUGUACGAGUUGCAUGCGGCGAUGGUUCAGCUGUCGAAAAAGUUGUUUGAUGCGAGAGAGAUUACUGGAUCUGACUAUAUGGAUGAACUGCUCAGCGCCGAGAAACUUUUGAAGCGUUCUUUAGAAAUGCUCUUCAUAGAGCCCGGAAACUCCCCCGAGGGCGAGCUCUGUUCCAAAGCCCUGGAAGAGUACAGAGCGCUGAAGGCGACCAUCGGAACUGUCCUCGACGGCAUCCACGCCGAGGGAAGGACCUACGUCAGCGCAGCCGACAAGGAGCAGCCUGUAGCUCAACAGCCUACUUUAUAAUAAACGUUUAUAAAUCUUGUUUGUUAAAGUACCUACAUUAAAUUGUUUUGAAA